UUCAGGAGGCCGGCACUGUUCACGGCAAUCCCACCUUUCAUUGUUAAAACACUUUACUUUGGGCCGGCUGGGAGGAGUGGUGCUGGGGGCAAAGAAUGUAACGAUCAAAGCCCUGCCAGAGCAGGGGAAGGGGCACUUUAGGGUGGUCUAGGGGCUACAGCAGGAGCUGUACACUGCUCAAGCCACAGGGAGUUUUACCCGCAGCCCUUGGACUCUACACUUCUGUUCAGAAGGCAAGAUUUUAAUUGUAUGGAGUCGGCCAAAGUCGUUUGGAACAGGAAGAGCAGGUUAAAAUGGUUUUGAAUCCAAAAAGAGCAUUUCAGAUGCAAAGGAAAAGGGGAUUUUUGUCGAACUGAAAAUUUGUGUUGGAGGAUAUUUUGGGAUUAAAGGAAGAAGGUUUGGCCGCAGGAAGGGGCAGUGCAUAAAUGCUCAAAAGAAGGAGGAAGAGUUCAAAGAAGAAAGAUAAAUCCUUCCCCCUCCCAACCCAUCCCCCGUCCCUUGAUCUUGGCCUUUAGCAAGAUCUUCCAAGGGAGUGGAGAUGACUGACACAAUGAGCCUCAAAGAGACUUCAAACAGGCACCUGCGGCUAAAGCUGAACAGUCUGGGUCGCCGUGUAGAUGAGCUAGAGGAGGCCACUAGAAACCUACACCGAACGGAGGAUGAGUUGAUGGACCUGCAAGACAAAGUGAUCCAAGCUGAAGGCAGCAGCUGCAGCCUCCUGACCGAGGUGGACAACCUCCGCAAGAGGGUACUGACUAUUGAGGGGAAAGACGAGGAGGUCCGCAAGGCUGAAGACAUGUGCAGGACCCUGAAGGAGAAGCUGGAGGCGGAGGUCAAACUGAGCCAAGAGCUCAAGGCUGAGAUCGAGAAGCUGCAGGACAGGAUGGGGGAGCUGGAGAAAUUGGAAGAGGCUUUCAAUAAGAGCAAAUCGGACUGCACUCAACUGUGCCUGAGCUUGAAUGAAGAGAAGAAUCUCACCAGGAAGCUGAUCACUGAACUGGAGGUCCUCCGAGCCAGAGUGAAGGAACUGGAAUCCACAGAAAGUCGACUCGAUAAAUCAGAGAAAAGUAUCAUUGAAGAGCUGGAAAAAUUAAAAUCGAUAACCGUCAUUUUAGCAGAGGAGAGGAAGACCAUGAACGAAACACUGAAGCAAAAUGAACAAGUUAUCCAGGACCUUACAAAGAAACUAGAACAAAAUAACAAGAUAAAUGAGACAGAUCAAAGCUGGAACUCGUCAAAUCUCAGGACAAAUGUCAAUGAGAAGACACAUAACUAUUCAGGGGACAGAGGUGAUCUCAGGAUUGAGGAUGACUUGUCCACAGGCCUCUCUCCGAAAAGCAGUCUGGCAAAGAAAAGUUUAGACUCCCUAAAUAUAACACACAAUGUUGGACUCAGAAACAAAGGAUCCCGUGAAGGUCAGGAGGACAACAAAAUUAAGGAUCUCACUCAGGAAAUCGAAAAGUUAAAGAAACGUCUGAAACUGCUGGAGAUGGUAGAGGAAGAUCUGAAGAAAACAGAAGCCAAACACAAUGAGUUACAAGAGAGGUUUCUGAAUGAGCAAUGCAAAGCCAAAAUGCUAGCCGAUCAGAUCGAGGAGAUGAAAUCGCAAAUGACGAGGAACAAGGCCGUAGAAAAUGGCGAGACUGCACACCAGGACAUUCGCUUCAGGUCUCGACAGGACAAAACAAAGUACAAAAGUGUAGCCGCGGCAGAACCGCACAUCCUGAAAGAGAAGGCACACGAAGUGUCAUAUCAGUCACGGUCACCGAGAGAGAAAGUGAGAAACAGAGACUUGUUGCUGGAUGAUGACAACACGGGAAAAGGUUACAGACGUCCCCUCAGUCCCAAUGCAAGACGAAGGUUUCAACGGCCCUCUUCAAACCCAAGAACAGCUUCCAAUGAAAAGAAAUCCGACGAUAAAUCUUUUCCACACAGCUAUAGCUCUGCACAGAAAGAUCAGGACCUGCAGCCAGAGAAGCUUAAGAAAACGAGGGAGCCUCCAUCAGUGCUCAGUCGCUAUCCUCCAGCAGCUAAUGAAUCCAGUGUAAAAAGACCCUGGAACACUCAAAAUAAACAGAAUGAAAACGGACCAAAGUGCAAAGCAGAUACAGUGUCCAGGGACUAUAGUGAUUUAGAACAAUCGUCUGAAAGCCAGAGAAAGGCUCUCAGCUAUUUACACAAUUCUGAAAAUGAGAAUGUAGCAUCUCAAGAUGAGGUAAAUGAUUCUGGUGAGGAUUCAUCGUCCACGAGUACUACUGCUAGCCUUUUGAAUGGAAUGUUUCCCUCUUACAGGAAUCACACAGCUUCACCAACAUCCAGCGGUGAACUGAAGGAUGCCAACCUGCCCGAGGGUGAAGUGCCAAUGAGCGCCAAUAGUGAGUCAGCUGCUGUAAAGACGGCUGAAAAGUUGCCAAUACGUGAGGAGCCAGAAACCGCGAUGGAAGCCACGCCCGUGACAACAAGAGCGCGCAGGUCUAGGUAUUUGUAUUCAACAAAGUCCCAGGACAUGGAAACCGUGGACGUGAGGGGGAGACAGCCACUCAGCUCUAAACCCACUGAAACCAUUGCCUCUGAAGAUGCGGCUACGAAUCAAAAGCCAGGCCUGGAGCUGAAGAGGAUUUGUAGCCCCAGAGAGGGCCUGAGAUCCAAAGCAAUUAUUAAACCGGCUAUAUUCGCCAUUGACAAGAAGGAAAUAAUGACAACCGGGUCGGAGCCAAUUGAUGAAGAGCAUGGGCUCUCACCCAAAACUGUGCCAAAUAAAGUGACCAGUAGCAUCACUAUACCUCCAUCAGGUUUGUCCUGUCAAAGGAUCAAUAGUACUGUGAUACCAAAGGAGAAACACACUUCCACAAGCAAUAUUACAAUCAGUUCAAGUGAGACACCUUUACAAAGGAGCAAUAUUAGUAUUCCCUAUGAAAUCUCGAUCCGUAAGAGCGAUAUUACAAUGAAGCCAUCAGAAUCGGACAGCUCAGAUGAAGAAGAGACUGAAUCAGUGUCAGAGGUGUCAGUGAGCAGCAGUAUUACAGUCAAAUCCCUCCGGUAUGAAGAUGGCGACAUUGGCGGAACGUCCUACGAAACAAGAAGGAGGUCUCGCACGACGGAAACAGAGACGAAAAGUCUCCCCGUGGAUCCGCCGGAGAGAGCUUCAUGGAGGAAGAGCCGCAUUGGGGCCCAGGUGGAACCUACUCACUACAACACUGACCUCGGCACGGAUUUCUCCCGAGUAACGGUGAGGAAAGCGAACCGUGCCCCCGCCGCCAACGAAGCGGCUGAGCCGAGCGGCGGCUCCAGAGCGAUAGGAACUGAUGGGUACACGAAGAGGGCAAAUAACUUUUCCAAUUCUUCGGACUCGGUGGAAAUUAAAAGCAGCCUCACGUCAGACUCGGCUCCUCACCGGAGCUACUAUAGCGCAGCGGAUAGUAUCCUCCGAAGGAAGCAGAACGCCACCGUCGCGUCCAAGGUAGCAGAUUGGAACAACACCUGCUCAUUGGCAGGGCAGGACAGCUCAGACACGCACUCUGCACUCAACUCCAGCCUGCUGUCAAAGCGAAAAGAAAUAGCAAAGCAGAUCCUGUCAGAUAUGGCCACAGAGCGAAUGCCGAGGAGUGAAACUGUGGACAAGAGGCAAUCUGUGAAACUUGAACUGAGGAGGAACCCUGCAGGCAGUCCCACCCAUCAGAGUGGUCCCAGGACUGAGGAGAAGACCCCUUUAGGCAUUCUCUCACAAAUAAGGAUGACGUCCCGACGGUGAAGCCUCUGGUAUUGACCUUAGCGGUCACACUACAGUUUUUAGUGUUAAUUAAAGCACUGUAUAAGCUUCUGCAAUAUAGGGAUCAUUUUCAUCCUGUACACUCUCUGAACUAAAGCAAUCAUAUUACACCUAUAUUUUUCUAGAAAUGAUUACAUUUGGAAGUAGUUCUACUGGCUGUUUGCAAUAGAGAAUGGUGGGGAAAAGGCAACAGUUAACAAUCUCUCUCGGGGGAAGGAGAGAUUGGUUAUUCCUCUGUCACGGUGUGGACUGAACUGAAGAUAGAGCCUGUGAGAAAUUCGCUGAGCCUGGCUGGAGUCACAUGCCCUUGGAGUUACUUUCGGCGGGAAGUAAAACGCUCAGGAAAUCCAGAUUAAUGCAGUAGAAUCCAAAGUUCUAAGGUCAAUUCAGUCAUCCAGUAAUGGAUGGCCUGAAGUGAAAGUUGUACAAUUAUGCAUAUCUGAUUUGAAAAAAAAAGAAUCGAUAAGGCCUCUGAGUGUUAAUAGCCCCCACCAGUGUAGCAGUAUCAUUCGGUGCUGAACAAGCAACCAGUAUGUAUAUAACUGUUCUUUGUACUUAAGUGAAAGUUUAGACAAAUGCUUUUGAAAAUAUUUUUUAUUUAAAAAAAAGCAGCAGGGGAGACAAGGUAAACCAAAAUAUGCCUAAGUACCACAAUCACUAGUUUGCUGUGUACAAAUUGAAGGAAGUUAGAAUGGCCUCUAAAGGUUAAAGGUCAAAGGAAUCUUAAGGGGAUCAGAAUGCUCAAUCUACUAUUUAUCAAAUCCUUAACAUUUAUGGCUACUAGUGUAUCAAAGGCCAUUCUAACUUCUAUUUUUUUAUGUUGUAUAUGCAGUGAGCAGGAAGAAGCAGCAAAGUGCUAAUUGCGAUUAAGAGUUUCGUCUUCCUUGUCUUUGAGGUAAUUCGAAAUGAUUAACCAUUGACAUCCUCCCUUCAGCCAUUCCAUAGUGACACCAGCUAGAUGAAUUACACUGGUCUUUUCCAGGUUUUUACAUUCUUGUACUCCUCUAUCAAAAUGCUUCCAACAUUCCCCUCACUCUCCUUCCCCUGGAGAAGGGUACAGGGGGAGCACAUCAUGGCCCUUAGCCACAGUCAACCACAAAUGCUAAAGAGCAUUUCAUGAGAGCACAACUCCCUGACAUUGAGGAAGCAGUUAUUAUCAACAGGAGCCACACUGCACAGAAAACCCAUCCCCUUUAGCGCUUUACACCCGUGAGAGUUAAAACCCCUCACGGCUCUGAUAAACCCUUUGUAGAAUUUGAAUCUCUUCUUUCCCUUCUCCUAUAAUUGACCUAAUUCCCAGCCCCAAACUGAAACAGCCAUUCUUACAUCCUCUACCAACAUUCUCUUCUCCUCCGAGAAGAGUCAGCUUCUAGACUUUCAAAAUCGCCACAUUGCUCACCUGUGCCACCUCAGUCUGAAAUCAGUUGGUCAUGUUUGUGAGCCAGAAUGAUAUCACUAGCCGCCUACCCCCUCCCCAGUGAUGAAUUUGAAAGUGUUGGAGAUUCUGCAGCUUCACAAGAAACGCUCCCACCUUAUCUCUGCAGUGUUGGCUGCAUUCAUCAAUAGAUAGUCAGCCUUCAGUGAUCAUUGAGGAUGCUGGUCCUGCAUGUACCUGAUGCACCUUACAACGUGCAUCUUCCUAAUCCCACUCUUUCUUAAGGACAAGGUAACUCUGCUGCAAAUGCCCAGGGAAACCACACUCUUUCAAUUUGCCAAUGCAUAUUUGAAGGAUUUGUUAUCCAUCUUUAGCAAAAUUAAUAUUACGUUUUGGUUCGGGUCAAAUUAUUGUUGGAAGCAGAAGACACAUCAUAACGACAUAAUAGUAGAUUCUUCAUAGUCAGAACUGCCUCAGGAAUAGCCAAUAUACCUGAACAUAAUCUCCCCACAUCAUCCACCAACAGGAAACUGAAGGCAACUUUGUGAUUUAUGUGAAGUUCACGAUCAAGGUAACAAGCAGUAUAUAUCCCAGUCAAUUACUUUUAACAAUUGGUGGAACACAAUCAUAUCUGCCCAGAAAAAUUUGAUAUUAAAUAGUUUUAUUUUUUAUUAAAUCUCCCAGUGUAACCUCAGCUCAGGUUGUAAACCUGUGAAAGUUUAUAUGUCCAGUCAGCUAUUUGGCCCUCCAACCAUAAUAAAUGAUUCCCAAAACGAUAUUUGAUACAUCAUCAAUUAAACAAUUAAUCCAUUCAUUCAGGUCAAAGUCUGAGAAACUUGGUGGAACUGUCACAAUUUUAACAAAGAAUGGGCAAUAUUUGGUUUACAAAGUGCACCUCAAUAUUGGUGCAGUCAUGAGUCUGACCUUUACAAAGGUGUUCACUGGAAUAUUAGCAUGUUUUAGCAGAGACAGCAAUUGGAACUUUCACCAUGGGUCUGUGUGAGUGACUGAGGAAGUUAGAUAGUAAAGAAAUGGAAUAAAGUAAAAUCAACUAGGUCUUCACUGCUACAUAGUGGCUCCCGAAUGCAUGGCCAUUCCCUGUGAAGACAGCAUCAGAUACAAUGUUCUCUGAGUGAAUAGACAAAUAGAUGAUUGGGGAGGUCAGAGGGCUUUUCAACAGUGUCUGCAGAGCUAUGCCACUCCAUAGAAUCAACAAGGACUGGAUGGACUGAAUGGCCUCCUUUUGUGCCAUAAUGAAAAAAUAAAAAUCGUUAAGAGAAUUCAAAAAGCUUUCUGAGCGUCCCAAGCUUUUUCCUCUUUGACAAUUGAUAACUAAGAUUUGAUUUUGCGGCUGCCUCUGAACAUUCUAUGGACAAGAACCAUCCUUACUCUUCAAAUGAAUUCUCACUAAUAGAUCAGAAAAUCUAGAAGAGUCACAGUCCCAUUUUGAAUUGAGUAUCUUCUAAAUAGUGUGCAGUAAUAGUUCCGAACUUAUCACCUCAGUGAGGAGAUUCUUGGAUGGUUUCAGCUUCUGGAGCAGUUUACCCUCUGUUUGCCAUCUAGUGACCACUGCAGUCACCUAAGGCCUUUUCCCAAGGAUAGGAUCGAGCUGGACUGCGGUGUAUUGCUCAGUCAAAUAACCAAUAGAGGCUCAAGUGAGACCUGACGAUUGGGUGAGCUCAUGAAUAAUGACAGUCAACAUUAAGCACAAAUCUCAGCCUGACUUAGCAGCUUUGGGAUAAGGGGGUUAGUGGUGGGGCACAAUAAACAGUUUAAAAAACAAACAAAUUUUAUGUUUUAAUAAUGAUUACAAUUUGGCAUCUAUACAACAAAGCUUGUAAUUGUAUUUCAUUAAUCCUAUGCCCAUAGCAUGAUCUACAGUAAGCGUAGGGUUACUGUGGGCCUCUUAUGAUCAAAUUUCUCUUUUAUUCAGUCAUCGGACAUGAGCAUUGCAGGCUGGGCCAGCAUUUAUUGCCCGUCCCUAGUUGCCCUUGAGAAGAUGGUGGGCUACCACCUUGAAACUCUUGACACUCACCACCUUGACUUGUGCAUGAUCCAAGAAUAGCUUAGUCCCUGGGUAACAGUUGCAGAUGAACCCUGGUUCAAUUAGCAUUUACCGUUAAAUGGCAGCUUCUGGAUGGCAGCUAUUUCUAAGCAGAUGAUGCCAUGUCCAAUUGUGAUAAAAUCUUACAGCACAGGAGGAGGCCACACAUCUGUCACACUUGUGCUGGCUCAAUUGGAAGAGCUAUCGCAUUUUCUCGCAUCCCUCAUUCUCUUCCUCAUUCUUGCUACUUAGGUGACCUCAAUAAUGAGGACUUGUCACAGGUUUAAUAUUGAUGAAUAAAGAAAGAAAAAUAAAUCUAGAAAUUCUCCCUAGCAAAACAAAGGUGAGAUAAUAGCUCCCAGUGUACCACGUCCAGGUUAUGUCUCCAAGCCAUUUCUUGUUUUUCAAUUGGCAGAGCCCACAAUGUGGGUCCACCCAAAACAGAAAUAGAGAGAAAUUUAUCCAAUUAAAAUGUACAUCUACAUUGUAUCAUUAUAGAACUUCUCUGGACAACAUGAACUGCCUCAAUUUUCUUUCCCAUUGAAAAAACCAUGUUUUUAAACAAAAACCAUGUCAUACAUCAACUGAGGUACUCUGCAUAACCAAACUCACUUAGAAAAUUUCACACUUUUAAUUUGAAGGAAAGAAAGUGUAGUACCAAAAACCAGAAGAAUUACAUAGGCACCCUCUUCAUUUGUCUAACAGCUCUAGGUUGAGAGCUGAGGUAUUUGUGAAUGUCCACCCACCAAUGAACAGGAAAUUGUGUCCAGUCACGGAAAGGGGAAGGAAAUGCAGGCUGAACUGCCAAAAUAAAAUCUUACUCUUCAUUGUGUUUAGUUUCUUAACAGUAGAGUAAUAUUCACAGUAUUUGCAUCAACCCAAAAGACAAAAUCAACAGAAUAGCAAUGGCUAUCUUGCUUGAAUGCUUUGUCAAACUCACUCUGUGCCAUACAAAAUCUAGCUACUCCUUAUUUAAUAAAAAAAAGAUGACAUCAGAAGCAGGCCUUGUUUUAAAGGAUACAACUAUAGAUUUUGUCUUGGAUAUUACUAAAUAAAACUUUCACAUUUGUAUUGGACAUGCUCAAAAAAAAACUCAAUGCAUCAUGAACAUUAUCCUUAGAGACUGUCCCUUUGCUACAACGUAAUUGUGGAGUAUCGCAUAUUUGUGUUUAUACAAAAAGCUACACUUGAAGUUAAGCCACACUUUGAAGAGGUCUUGGCAUGUGUCAGGAGUGCGAAGUGAAAGUGGAUGACAGUCAAAUAGAAAGUGGAAAGUAAUGACACGACUCUAACAUGAGAUGGUUUCCUUUUCACCAAACUCAGGUAAUCUCUCCAAUUCAGUCCACAUUUUUGAAAUCCAAUUCCCCCAUUCUGGACACUUGCCCUCAGCACCUUCACCAUGUUGAUGUCAAGCAGAAUGUAACACAGUGGUUUCUGUUGUCAGCUCUGUUCCUAUUCCUGACUUCAGGUGUGUGAGUCAUCACACUCUCCCCUCAGUCUUCCCUACAACUAUUACGCUUUGGAAACCAAAGCUUGGUGCCAUUUUAUGCCUGCUACCUGGUUUGGCCUACUUUGACUGUCCUGUACUUUUCCACCUCGUUGGUGUCCUGAAUUUUGUCCAGCCUUCUCAAAUAAGACAACAGAAGCUGGAUUUAACACUCCUGUGGGUAGUUCAGCUCAAAAGGGUGCCCCUAGUGGAAGAUCUUGGAGUUUCAGCCUCUUCUAAUGUGGCUCCUCCACCAUGGACCAGAUUUACCCAAUAGUGAUGCUGCGUUGGUGUAAUAUUUCACUGGAAUGAAUCUCUGGAGCUGGGAAUAAGGAUGUUUGGGAACGUGGCGCAUGGCUUAGCCAUAAUGUGUUCAAAUGUACUAUUCACUCUGCACGCAUCCCAGUGAUUAGCCAAGCCAUGAAAUGCAGAACACGCUCACUUCCGUAGAACAAAACUUGCACAAUUGUACUUUCCUACGAACCGCGUCUAAAAAUGUCAUAUAAAAUGUAUCAUGAUAUAUUGAAAAGAUAUUUUAAAAUAAGAUAAUGAUAAUGUUGAAUAGCAUUACAGCCUUAAUUCACACUGGCCUUGAAAUUAUAUCAAUGUGUUGCUCUGACAUUUCUCUUUCUCCUGUUUUAGGUAGGGCAAUAUUCCACUCACUUUAAGGAGAUUAACCCCUCCACUAUAAUGAUUGAAAGGGAAAUGUCAGUCAGUGUAAUUUCAGAGCCAUUAUAGACUGGUACAGCAGUGACAUUCAGAUUAAGCAGCGCUGGUGCCUGUUAACUGCGUAGAUGCACAUAGUCAGGGACUGGCUUUAUGUAAAAGAUUUUCUUUCGAAGCAGCAAUUUUAAUAGUUUAAAACAAAAGACCAUAAAUGUCAUAAUAUGAUGUGUGACAAAGUAGUUACAGUAACAUUAUUUAUUUGGAAAAAUGCAUUCUAUGUAUUUUAAAUGGCUUGCGAUACCAUACUGUACUGGUCUAUUCCUCAUGCAUCUGCAAGAACUUCAGGGCAAGCAGCUUACACUUAGUGUCCAGUGCAUGUUUACCAUGUUGCUCUUCCUAUGGAGCCUCUGCAUGUUUUCCUCCUGACUGUAAACUGUCCACUGCACAAUUAAAAAAAAUAUAACCAUAAAA